GUUGAAGAUUUCUUGCAAUUUGCUGCUGAAAAUGCUGCAGACUUUCGUGGGGUAUACUUCUGUCCAUGUGUGAAAUGUUUGAAUGGUCGACGACAAUCUUUGGAUGACAUUAGAACACAUCUGAUAUGUGAUGGUAUCUGUCCUACUUAUACAAGAUGGAUAUGGCAUGGUGAGUUAUCAGAAAUGUCAUCAACCCCUGCAAAUGUUGGAGUUCAUGAAGAAGUUGGUGAUCGUAUAGAAGACAUGCUACGCGAUCUUGGACAAGAGGGUUUUAGGCAAACACACGCACCAUAUUUUGAAAAGUUAGAUAAUGAUUCAAAGAAACCGUUGUAUGUCGGAUGCACUAAGUAUACACGGUUGUCAGGGGUGUUAGCUUUGGUGAAUUUGAAAGCAAGAUUUGGGUGGAGUGACAAAAGCUUCAACGAAUUACUGUUGUUAUUGAAGAAUAUGCUUCCUGAAGAUAACACGCUACCGAAGAAUCAUUACGAGGCAAAGAAGAUAUUAUGUCCUGUUGGAAUGGAAUAUCAAAAAAUACAUGCUUGCCCUAACGAUUGUAUCUUGUAUAGGCAUGAGUAUGCUGAACUGCGCAACUGCCCUACAUGUGGCGUGUCACGCUACAAAGUGAAUUCAAACGCAACAGUCAGCUCCUUGUAGACCGUCUAUCCCUGAUGUAUUGGUUGCACGUGUCAGCACCAAAGAAAGCUGUGCCGAGGCUGCUGCAAAUGUUGUUGCUAAGGAGCGGUCUACACUUGAUGCUUCUAUUGUGGGGUUAUACAUUGUGUGUGGUGAUAGUACACAGGUGGUGGCUGCGGGAAAAAUGUAUGGAGUUGGUGGCAUUAUACACAAUGUUGCUUACGCAGAUGAUGUAGUAAGGGUUUGUGUUGACACAAUUUACGAUGGUGACGCCACUGUCCCGUUUCCAACUGCAGAGAUUCAGUAUGUCAGGGACGCGAGUAGCACAUUCAUUGCAUGGCCCAGACAUCUAGUGAAGCCUAUAACUGAUGAUUCAAAUCAUAAUGCGCGUUUGCCAGUUGGACGUCUUGGUGAGGCAGAGGUUGCAGCUGAACCUGAUCCAUUGGGCGAAUUAAUGAAGACAUUGUUUUACGUGUACAAGAGUCCAGUGGAAGUGCCAUGGGAGGCGACGCAAUUUGGACUUCCUGAUGUUGGGGCAAAAUUUUUCAUCACACAUGCUGAUCUAGCGGAAAUAAUAUCAGGUGACAAGUGUUUGAACAUAUCUAUCCUGCAGCUGUGGACCAUUUUUAUGAAUAAUUGUGGUAGAAGCAAAGUUGAUCAGUCACUGUAUGGUCUGUUGGAGCCUCAAUCUAUACACAAUGCUAAGGACAGACGUGAACAAUGCCAAGAAUACAUUCAAACAUGGGUCAAGGAAUCACAAAGGCAGUUGUACUUAGGGGCUUACUUGCAUCAGGCACAUUGGCAACUAUUUGUUUUGUGUCCAAGGGAAAACACCGUUGUUUGGUUUUGUUCUCUGAGGAAGAAGCCAGAUAUUAACAUCAAAGCCACAAUUAACAGUGCAAUGAAGACAAUAACCAGUUCUUUCCAAGGCAUGUCUAAUCAAGCUGCACCUCGGUGGGUUGAACCAAAGAGUCAUGUCCAAACUGGAGCGUACGAGUGCGGAUAUUAUGUCAUGCAUUGGAUGUGGUGCAUAGUGACUGGUGGAUUGAAGGAUGACUGGAACAAGUGGUUUUCUGAUGGAUCACCGUUAGACGUGGAGGCCAUCACCACACUUCGCCAAAAAUGGGCAACAUUCUUUUUAAGUAUUAGGAAAAGCGGAUGCUAAAGAGGAUUUUCAUUAUGUAGUAGAACAUUUUUAGUGUCAUUACAUCAUUUCGUUUAAAAUUUCAAACAAUUGUUUCAUCUGAUUAUAUGAAAGGCACAAUUAAGGUCUCCAUUGUUUAUGCUUAAAUUGUUUUAGUUUGUGGUUUUAUUUUAUUAUAAAAUAUUCAUUUUAAUAGG